UUUGGGGGGAACGUGAGGAGUGAAGCUGUGUGAUUUGUUUUAUUUUGUCAAUUUGGUGUUUCUUCAGGUUUAAAUGUGUAAUAACGAUGGUUUAUUAUCUAUUUAGUAUCUCUAAAAGUGCACAAAUGUGGGAAAAUGAAUCAAAGCCGCUAAACGUAACUUCUCGGGAUCCUCCAAAAACUCCACUGAAAUAGUCUCAGUAUAUGAUCACCAUUUUACUGAGAUUAUAUUUCAUCCCAUAUCAUUUCAUGCCAUGUUUCAUAUUAAUCAACUUCAUUUCAUUAUCAUGACUUAAAGGCCUUAGUUACCAGGUCAUAAAAUCCUUUAAAAAAAAAACUUUAACACAAUAUUCACAAUAAUGGUUUAGCAAACGAGUUCCCGCAAAGUGGACACUGAAUAGUUUUAAACGAUAUGUCACAAAUACGAGUUUAAUAAAAAAUUUUUUAUCAUAGACUUUUAACUGAUGGCGGUAAUAUUUAGAAGAAUUUGUUUAAAAUAUGUGAAGUGCCUUGGAAUAACCAUUGUAAUUAUAUUUUUUGCUCAAAUUUUUGUGGCACUUCAAUUUUUUCCUUCAUUAAGUGAUAAUUCAUUGAAAAAUGGCUAUGCCUCAUUUUCAAAGUCAGAAGCUGAAGUUUCUGCAAGAAAAAACAUGUUAAGGUUCAGUGACGACGAAGAUCUCCCAACAAACUUAAAAAAAAAUAAACCUGGUUCUAUUUUAAGAGUUGAGGAGCUGGAUUUUAUACCUGCAUGUGAAAUUAAAAGUAGAGAAGCUAUAUCUGCCAUACACAGAGCCAAAACACAGCUGUGUAAACAACAGAUACUCAACAAAACUUGCCUUAUACAAGAAAGUAAUUUUUAUCCAGAAAAACUAACAAACGUUUGCCCACACAAUGAAAAGUCUUAUGGUACAUAUCUUGGAUGUUUCGUUGAUGAAAAGAAGAUGAGAUUGCUUUCCGGAUUUUAUGGAAAUUAUGUGAGCACAAAUUCACCAAAUUCAUGUUUAGAUAUAUGUGUUCAAGCUGGGUUUCCAUAUGCUGGUGUUCAAUAUGGAUCUGAAUGCUUUUGUGGAGAUACAGACCCUCCUGAUAAUGCUAAACUCUCUGAUGAUGCCUGUGAUAUGAAGUGUCCCGCAAAUCCCUCAGAAACCUGUGGUGGAUAUUUUACUAUGAACAUUUUCGAAACUGGAUUAACAAAGUUCCAGCCUCAAAUACCGGACACGUCGAAUGACAAAGAGGAAUCCGUGAGAAUAAUUUUUCUAUUAACAUUAAACGGCCGCGCUGUAAGACAAGUUAAUAGACUAAUAAAUGCACUGUACAAAAGGAAUCAUUAUUUUUACAUACAUGUCGAUAAGCGUCAAGACUACCUCCAUAGAAAAUUAUCUGUUUUAGAAACUCAUUUUCCGAAUAUUAAAAUGUCCAAAAAAAGAUUUUCAACAAUAUGGGGCGGCGCAUCAUUACUUACCAUGCUCCUGACAUCUAUGAAAGAUAUUCUUGCACUAAAUUGGAAUUGGGACUUUGUUAUAAACUUAAGUGAAAGUGAUUUUCCAAUAAAGUCCUUAGAAAAUUUAGAGAAGUUCCUAUCAGUAAAUAAAGGUUUCAAUUUUGUUAAAUCCCAUGGUCGGGAGGUACAAAGAUUUAUAAAAAAACAAGGAUUAGAUAAAACAUUUAUUGAAUGUGAUACGCACAUGUGGCGUGUUGGUGAAAGAAAACUUCCCCGUGGAAUAGUAAUAGACGGCGGCAGUGAUUGGAUAGCACUCUCUCCUAAUUUCGUUUCCUAUGUUGCAAAUGAAAAAGAUGAACUUUUGUCUGGCUUAGAAAUAAUUUUUCAACAUACGCUUUUACCUGCAGAGUCAUUUUUUCACACUGUACUUCGCAAUUCACGUUUUUGUAAUACGUACGUGGAUAACAAUCUACAUGUAACCAAUUGGAAAAGAAAAUUAGGCUGCAAAUGUCAGUACAAGCAUGUAGUAGAUUGGUGUGGAUGUUCACCUAAUGAUUUUAAAACUGAAGACUGGCCUAGGAUUCAAAACACACAGGAUCGUCAACUCUUUUUUGCAAGAAAAUUUGAGCCAAUUAUUAAUCAAGAAAUUAUAAACAGAGUUGAACAGUAUAUAGGUUUUAAGGAUCACUUAAAAAUUCAAAAUUUGGAAAGCUAUUGGCAAAGUAUAUAUAAUGUGGAUGAUUUGACGGCAAGCAGUGAUGAUACACUUUUAUCACACGCCGAAAGCAUUAUUCGUCAUAAUGCUAAAAUUCUUGCUGAAGAAGGUUGUAUAAUUGAACCAGAUAUAGUGAUUGAAAUCACAUCAUAUAAUUAUGCAGAUGUAUAUAAAGGAAAUUUAAUACUUCAUAAAAUUUAUCAUAAUAACGUAGAGUUGUCAAUGGAAACAUGGUACAAACCAAAGAAGAACUUGCAACUAAAUUUUGAAAAUCGUUACGUUGACAAUAUAAAACAAUUCAAAGUUAGUUCUGAUUAUGAUCAAAAAGAAAUGAUUUUCAGAAACCUUGCUGGUAUUUUGGGUCCACUGUCUGAACCAACGUUGUCUUAUAAAUUUUCUACAAAUACACUGUUAGAAAAAAGGACUGAAAACUUAACAAUAGUUUGGCUUGACCCUGCCGGGAUCAUAGCAGAUCUAACAGAUAUUCAUGUGGAUGAGAAUAAUUUAACAAACUUCAUUAAACCCAAUUUUAGAACUCCUCUAUUACCUGGAGUGUGGAAGGUUGGUAUGUUUGAGCAAAGCUAUCUAUUAGCUAGCACGAAAUUUCUCGUCACUCCAUUGCAAUACUUCGGCGGUAAAGAAAUUUCGAAUCAAGAAGUAUCCAUACUUCACGGUGGCUCACAAAAUUCUUACCACAAUUUUUCGCACAUUAAAUUAGAAAAUUUUGUACCAGAUCAGGAAUCUGCUAUAUUGUCACAAAAAAUAUCACAAGCAAAUGUUAGAAGAACAAAACAAGACUUAAAAGAUUGGAUAGAUGCAUUAAGUUACGAAUUUUAUAAUGUAUUAGGAUCAUGUGUAAAGUCUAGUACGAAUUUUAAAGAAAAAAUAAAAUGUGGAAUUCACAUACUUGAAUACUGUGAAUCAACCCAUUGGAGCUCCUUAACACCAGACCCGAAAGGAUCGAUAGGAAAACUUAAUAAACUUUCAGGACGAUUAGAUAGGAUAUGACAUUAGUAGAUUAUUAAAAAAAAAAUUCGACAUUAAUUUUGCUAUAAGUAUUAUGAAUUGGAAUAAUAAAUAUAAUAGCCCUUGACCUAGUAUUCCAAUUUCAAAUUCUUUCUAAAUUCCAAUUCGUGACCAAAUGUCCUGCAAUUUGAUACAUCAAUCACGGAACAGAAAAUAGAGCAGGAAAAGAAAAAUAUAGUUUGUUCCCCAUGUUUAACAUUAAACAUUAUUUUUCUUGAGGAUCGAAUAAAAUAACACAUUCUGUAUACAAAAAGUAUAAAUAAACAAACCGUAAUAUAGAUGGCGCCACGCUCCCAUAUUUUAGUUUUAUUCAUUAAAAUUUUUCGACUAAA